GGCCCAACACUAAUCGGCCGGGCUCCUAUCCCUAUCCAUUCCUCCCUCUCUUCUUAUAAAACCCUAAACCCGCCGGCGCCGCCGCCGCCAACAGAUCCCCAACCAUCUCCUCCUGCUCCUCCGCCGCAGCAUCAACCCUAGCAAAAUGGCGUGGCGCGGCGCGGCCUCCCGCACCGUCCUCGCCGCCGUGCGCCGCCCGGCGCCCUCCGCCGCGAUCGGGGCCAUCCGCGCUCCUCCCCCCUUCGCCGCUCCCCGCCGCCGGCUCCCUUCCGCCUUCGCCAGUGCCCCAUCCACCUCCCCGCUCGGGGCCGCGCGGCCUCUAGCGGCGAUGAUGGGGUCGCCGCUGACGGCGGCGGUGGUCCUCGGCCGGAUGACGGCCCACCCGGCGGCCAGCGCGCGGGCUUGCUGCGAGCUUUCCCAGGGGAAUGGGAAAGAUGGUUGAAGUUGGAGGCCGGACAGCAUGACAGGGUCUUUUAUGCCCUACAAUGAUGUACUUGAAGUUAUUGUGUAGACUCAUUGUCCUUGGAUGAGGAUGCAACUCUUCUUGGAUGUUACUUUUGGAAAGCUAUUCUGGUGUUUCACUCUUUUAACUGCAGAGUUAGGAGAAUUUCUCCAGCAAUAGCUCAUCCCUCGAAAGUUUCUACCCUAGGUUGAUAAAUAAUUUUCAUGUUAUGUGACGACAUGGUCUGCAACAUGCAUUUAGCAUCUAUCUUCGUCCCAGUAUCUGAGAGGCUUUGGUGCACAAUUUAUAGGAUUGUCUCUUUUUUUUGGAAGAACUCUGCAUUGCGUGAGCACCAAAUGUAAUAUACCUUGUCGUUCUAGUUUAAAGUUAAGAGUGAAUUACUUGUUCA